AUGGCUCUUACUAAAAAACGCUGUUACCCAUCAGGUUUAGAAUCUUUUAUGAAUGAUGAGCAGAUUACUUCAGUUGUAGAACACUGGCCCCGCUUCAUCACACUUGAAGCAAAGUUAUCAGAAAAACAAACAAAGCCCCUUACAAAGGUGUCGCCUUUUCUCAUACAGAAAGGAAUACAGGGAGUAAUUGGAACUCCAAAAUCUGUAAAAAAGUUAAAAUCUGGAGCUCUUCUAAUUGAAGUCUCUAAAAAACAACAGUCUUCAUCCUUGCUGGCAUUGAAUACUCUAGCAGAUAUCCCUGUUAUCGGUAAAAUUCACUCUGGGCUCAACCAAAGUAAAGGUAUUCUGUAUGACAGAGAUCAUGACCUUGACGACAUUCCUGAACAGGAAAUCCAAUCUAAACUGGAAUCUCAAGGCGUGAUCUCUGUAAAACGGUUCAUGAAAAAGCGCAACGACAACAUCGAAGCGACGAACACUUACUUGUUAACUUUUUGCUCACCUACACUUCCAACAAACAUUAAAGUUGGUCUGUAUGUCAUGAAAAUUGAAAUGUUUGUUCCCAAUCCACUGCGCUGUUUCAAGUGUCAGAGAUUUGGACACGGACAAUCAAACUGCAAAGGCAAUGAUACAUGCUUCAGGUGUGGUGAGGAGGGGCAUGAUGGCAAAGGCUGUCAAAAAGACCUCAAAUGCAAGAAUUGCAAGGGGGACCACAUGGCUUCCUCAAAACAAUGCCCAAUAUGGCUAAAAGAAAAAGAAAUUCAAAAAGUUAAAACAGAAAAAAGGAUUCCCUAUCCAGAAGCAAAAAAAUUGGUCAAUAUGUAUACUGUACCUAAACCUAAUCUGCCAUCAUACUCAACAGUUUUAAAAGCAUCCUCAAAGAAGGAUUCGUCUACUCAGGUUUGUGAGAAUGAUCUUUCUCAACAAACCUCCACAUCUAAUGUUCCUUUGUCAUCUAAUGACAACUCCAAAGCAGUUUCACCACCUACUUCUGCAAGCCCUACAACAGUGGGUACUCCAAAAUCUGUAGCUGAAGCUACAUCAAAACCCGCAGCUGCAGGCUUAACUAAAUUGUCUGGGAGACAAAACAGAUCUCCCUCCAAAUAUACCCAAAAGCAAUCGAGCGAUCGGUUGCGCAAAGGGUCACAUGAUCCCGUCGCUCUUCAUACUAAAUUUGGGAUCUUCUUGUAA